GGCUCCAUCGUGGUGGGGAUCGACUAUGACUGCCGGGAGAAGACUAUCUAUUGGACUGAUGUGGCUGGACGGACCAUAAGCCGGGCGAGUCUGGAGCCAGGUUCUGAACCGGAGACCAUUAUCAACUCAGGACUCAUCAGCCCCGAGGGGCUGGCAGUGGACACCCUGCGCCGAGCCAUGUUCUGGACUGACAGUGGCCUGGAUAAGAUCGAGAGAGCCCGGCUGGAUGGCUCCGAGCGCCAGGUGCUCUUCGACACAGACCUCGUCAAUCCCCGGGCCAUCGCGGUGGACCCUGUCCGCGGCAAUCUUUACUGGACAGACUGGAAUCGCGAGGCACCCAAAAUUGAAACGUCCACUGUCAGUGGAGCCAACAGGAGGGUCCUGGUGAAUAAGGACAUCGGCUUGCCCAAUGGCCUGACCUUCGACCCCUUCUCCAAGCUGCUUUGUUGGGCAGAUGCAGGAACAAAGUACCUGGAGUGCACAUUCCCUGAUGGCACAGGCCGGCGCGUCAUACAGAACAACCUCAACUACCCCUUCAGCAUCAUCAGUUAUGCCAAUCACUUCUACCACACAGACUGGAGACGGGAUGGUGUGAUAGCUAUUGAUAAGGAAACUGGCUCCUUUACCGAUGAGUAUCUUCCAGAGCAGCGAUCACAUCUGUAUGGAAUAACUGCAGUUUAUCCCUACUGCCCUGGAGGUUACUACAAUAAUUGA